GUCUCUUUAGAUAGUUCCAGGUCUACAAAAUAAUCUCUUGGCAGGCGCUUUCCUGCGCAGUUAGAAACACACUUCCUCGGCAGUCCUAGAAAGCCAUUUGGCGCCGAGAACUUGUUGGAGCUUACUUGCCACUACUUUGCUCUCUUGCUAAAAAUGUUCGGCAACCAAUUUUUAGGCCCGACGGAUAUCAUCCAUGCGCAUACGUAUACCACUCUGGAGGAUCUUUCCAUAAAAGAAGGUUCGUGUGCGCUUCACCGAAUCACAUUUCUUGAGACGCCAGCCAAAGACCACCAACAUCUGGACAUCGGUUGCGGACCGGGAACAUUCACGAGAGAUUUCCUCGUACCUCGCUCCACACCCUGCGCGAAGUUAGUUGCCAUCGACCGAUCGCCGCUGAUGAUCGAUUUCGCUAAGCGCUACAGGAGCCAAGACAGCGUCACGUUUGACGUGUUCGACUUUGGGGGCCAAGACGUGCAACAACUGAUUGGCAAGCACGGCCGCUUCGACCGCAUAUACUCAUUUCUCUGGUUUCAUUUCGUCAAGGAUCAGCGAAAAGCCUACGCGGACCUGGCCAAGUUGCUGGCACCCGUUUCAGGGGAGUGCCUGGUAUUCUCUUCCGUUUGGAACAUUUUCACGGAUGUCUGGCUGCAAGUGCACUUGAUGGAAAGAUGGCGGCGAGUGAUUCCUGACCCAAGACCACUGUUUUCACUCCAGUACAAGUUCGACUUCGACGGCCAACUCGAUAAAAUAGAAGCUGAGGUGCGAGCACUCGUCGCCGAAGCUGGGCUGGAAACUGUCGCAUGUCACGUCUUUCAAAGCGAAUGGCCGUUUCCGACCGUGGAAGUGUUCGUCGGCCUGAUUUUUGAAGCAUUUGGAUUAUACGAGGCGAUUCCGGAGGACGACAUUGAAGCUGUCAAGAGAGACUGGGUUCGGUUAGUACAGAGUGCCGCUACAACCAAGCCAAACAGGUUUGCCGCCAAGGCUGCCUUCUACUGCGUCCACGCAAGAGCACGUCCAUAAGAUAGGCGGAGUAAAUAAAGCCACUACCUUAAGGCAUCAAUUAUGUAAGGUGCCGCAAGAUCCUUCAUUUAUUUUGUUUUAUCCGCUGCUGUGCUUUUUACAAUAGUCGUGAUUUAAACUACUCCGGUUCAGUGUUUCUUGUAGGGGUCAAUAAUUUGCGAGAAAGAAAUGUCCGCCAUACAUAGAAAAUGUCCAUCAAGAAUAAACUUAGGCAGCCUAAAAUCAAGAAGGGGGCUGACAGAUAGAAUAGCACACUGUGGUAUGAAGUUUGUAAACAGGGAUAAGGUGCCUCAGAAAGGCUGGCCAACGUUUCGAUAGGAGGACCUAUCUGCGUCAAAGGCGGCCUCGUCAUCCCCGGCAUGUUAGUUUUAAAUGGUUAGUGCAGUGACGUCACGUGCAGUUUUUGUCGGUGGCGGUUGGUUAUCAAGGGAGAGACUUCAGAGGUAAUGAGAGCUGUCACCUGACGUCUGUGAGCGUUGUUCCCAAGACGAGGGGACAAGAGCGGGAGAGUGGGAAGGCGAGGAGAAAAGAAAAGAAAGAAAAGGAGAGACCUGUGUCAGCAACUCUAAUCGUGCAAUUGGUCAGCUGGGUGAAGCUGGUAAGCAAUGUUUUCGUUAACAUUUCUCAAGUGUCCAUGCGUCGUAACACGCCGAGGUGAGAUCUGGUAUAAUUUAACGGCACUGUCGGGAUUUUCUCUACUGUGCGUCAGAUCUCCGGGUGGCACCAAAUAUGAACAGGUUAUCAAUGGCCGCAGCUUGCUACGAACGGUGCCUUAUAGGAAUGAAAUAGAAUCAAGCGAAAGGAAUUCAUACAGUUCGCCAGCUUAGGUAAACAUGCCAAUUUUUGUAACCUGCAGAUUACCGCGCGUCACCUUUGGUGCCUUUGGUGGCACGAAAAUGGUCUUUAAAUAAUCUGUGCCUAUAUAUCGCAGCUGUAAUUGUAAAUAAAGAAGUCACAACAAACGCA